AUGGCGGCCGUUGCUCUGGACCCGCCCCCGGUCGCUCCGGACCCCGCCGAGGUCGCGGCCGUGGGCGUCGGGGAGGAGCUGCAGGAGGGGUACGAUCAGAUGAUGCCCACCGUGGAGCCAUCGCGGCGGCGGCGCGCGGGGGUGCUCCUGCAUCCGACGUCGUUGCGGGGCCCGCACGGCAUCGGCGACCUCGGGGACGAGGCGCUUGCCUUCCUGCAUUGGCUCCACGAUGCCGGCUGCACGCUCUGGCAGGUUCUACCUCUUGUUCCUCCAGGUAGGACGGCUGGGGAGGAUGGAUCUCCUUAUUCUGGACAGGGAUACAAAGCAAUCGUUGAAUUUGACACCGUUGCAAAUCUGAAAAGAACCACUUAUUGCAAAGCAUAUAAACAUAGUGUCAACAUAAGGUUGAAGGCAGAAGAUGCAGCUCUUUUUGCUGCUAUUGACAAAAGCUUUGCUCGGUGCAUUCUCUUGGAAUGCAGUGGCCUGAACCUCUGA